AUGAAUAUUUUGAAGAACCAGUGGAAGCUAACUGGAGAUUGUCUCUUAAUUCCUUUGGGUAAAGGUUUUUUCACGAUUAAGCUGUCUAAUGAAGUAGACAAAAAUUAUAUCAACAACAGUACCUGGGAUGUGGAGGAUCAGGUUUUGAAAACUAGAAAUUGGAUUCCAAAUUUUCGUCCUGAAAAUCAAAGAACAUCUCAUGCUCUGAUUUGGGUGUCUCUACCUGUAAAAGUUGAUGAUGAUACCAUUAAAUAUGCAAAUGGGUAUGCUGCAAAAGUCUUGGUUGAAAUUGAUCCUGCAAAACCAGUUCCUAACAAAUUAUGGAUUAUAACUAAGUGUGGAAGCUUCUCACAAGGAAUUAUUCUUAAUAAGCCUCUAAAGUUCUGCACCAAGUGUAAAAUUGUAGGUCAUCUAUUAACUGAAUGCAGGUUUAACAAGCAUCCUCAUAUAGAUCAUCCUUCUGGAGAACAUGGGAGAAAUGCUGGAGGUCCUAAAGAAAAUUCAUCAGUUGGAAGUGUUGAAAAAGUAAAUGUUCCACCAAAAAUGUCUCAAAAACCAUUUGAUAUUGCUCCAAGUGGUCAAGGCAGUUCUCAUAAGAAUGGCUCAAAAUCAAGCAAUGAAGCUUUUACUACUAAUGGAAGUUUUAAGUCUUUACAAGAAAAUGAAGUUUUGGUUAACUCUGGUGAGGAAACUUUGCCUCAAGAAGGUCUUACUCCAACAAGGAUACUUCAAGUGGUAGAGGAUAACUCAGUCGAAAAAAGUGUAAUUAAAUUCAUUAAUGGAAAAGAUGGUACAGUUUCAUCAGAAAAAGUUCAUGUUACUUCUUGGUCAAGGGUAGUUCAAAAGCCUUCAAAUGUUAAUGCUACUUCAACCAGUACUGAAUCAGUUAAGGUAAUAACUCAAGCUUCUUCUAGUACUGAAUCAGUUAAGGCAAUAAAUCAAACUUCUUCUGGUACUCAAAUUCCAAUAUGGGUUGCAGAACCCAAAGUAGUAUGUAAUUCUUCAUUUUGUAAUAAGUUGAACCUACCAGGUAUAAAAAGUAUGGUACACAAUUCAGUAGCAAAUAAGAAAGGGAAUAUAUGGUUAGUUUGGAAUAAAAAUUUACCCACUCCUUCAGUAGUAUCUAUGUCAAGUCAGAUAAUAACAGUUGAGAUAGGAAGUUUUCUAGUAUCAGGUAUUCAUGCUCAUGUUGGUGAAGUUCAAAGAAUAUUUUUUUGGUCUGAGAUGGAGAUGAUUAGUGGUUUAAAUCUCCCUUGGUUAGCCAUUGGAGACUUCAAUGUGAUUACUUCAGUUGAUGAGAAAAUUGGUGGUAAAACUCCAAAUAAAAGAGCAAUGCUGGAUUUUAAUAAUUGUUUAGACACAUGUGAAUUAUUACAAGCUCCCAGAACUGGCAUUCAGUAUUCUUGGUCUAACUGUCAACAGGGAAGUAAAAGGAUACUAUACAAUCUUGACAGAGCAGUUUUCAAUCAAUUAUGGUUACAAAAAUUUCAUGAUUGGGAAUAUAAAGUGGGUUUAAGAAUUGCAUCUGAUCAUGCUCCAUUGUUGGGGGGUUGUACAAGUAUACCUAAACCACAGAAUGCUCCUAUGAGGUUUCAGAAAAUGUGGAUAUCUCAUCCAACCUAUAUGGAAGUUGUGCAGCAAUGUUGGUCUGAGGAGGUUAUGGAAGUUUCAGAUAACAAUCCAUUUGACGAGAAUGCUCUUGGGAAUUUGGUAGAAGCUCAAAAUUUGUUUCACUCAAAAGAAGUGCAGUUGAAUACUUUUUUGAAGCAAAAAUCAAGAAUUAAAUGGGUAAAAGAAGGUGCAACAAACAAUGGCUUUCUACAUACAAAUAUCAAGAUAAAACAAGCAAGAAACAACAUUAGUGAGCUGGAGGAUGAAAAUGGUGAGAUAAUAUCUGAUCAAAAGAAAAUUUCUGAAGUUUUAGUUAAACAUUUUGAAAAUAAAUUCAAAUGUCAAGAAGUGGAAAAUGUGGAGCAUAUGGUAAAUGCAAUUCCUGAAGUAAUAAAUAGUGAAGAUCAGGAUAUGUUGGAAGCUAUGCCAGAUGAGAAUGAAAUUAAAUCCACCUUGUUUGAUAUGGAUCCUGAUAGUGCACCUGGACCUGGUGGUUUUUCAGGUUGUUUCUAUAGAGCUUGUUGGCACAUCAUUCAUAAGGAAGUUGUAGAAGCAAUACAAUUCUGUUGGAAAAGAAAAUUUAUUCCCAUAGGACUUAAUUCUAACUUUUUAGUGUUAAUUCCAAAGACUGAAGGUGUUAGAAAUCCAAAUCAGUUCAGACCCAUUGGUCUAAGUAAUGUGAGUUUCAAAAUUUUCACUAAAAUUAUAGCAACCAGAAUGGGAAAGCUUAUGCACAGGUUGGUAUCUCCUCAACAAGUGGCUUAUGUUAAGGAUAGAUGCAUUCAAGAUCAAAUUAUGUUAGCCUAUGAAAUGGUAAAUGAGAUGGAAAAAAAGAGAAGAUGUGGAAAUGUGGGUCUUAAGCUGGAUAUAUCUCAAGCUUAUGACUCAGUUAGUUGGGAUUUCUUGUUUAAAGUCCUUAUAAAAGGAUUGAGACAGUUUGAUCCCCUGUCCCCCAUUCUCUUUGUAUUAAUGGAAGAAGCAUUGAGCAGGAGACUAACACAAAUGGUUAAUGAAGGUUUAAUCUCUUCAAUGGUUGAAAGAAAGGGUAUACAUCCAACUCACCUUCUAUUUACAGAUGAUGUAUUUAUCUUCUGCAAUAGAUCUAAAAAGAGUAUUUUAAAUCUGAUGAAGUUGCUAGAAGAUUACCAGAAAUGUUCAGGUCAGAUCAUAAAUAAACAAAAGAGUAAAAUGUUCAUUGAUGGAACAUCUGAGGUAAGGAAAAAUCAACUUAAAGAACUUAUUCAGAUGGAAAGAAGUGAGUUUCCUGACAAGUACCUUGGAGUUAUUCUUUGUGUUGGUAGAGUUAAAAUUUCAACAGUAUGA